AUGGCUCUUACGUUGGUGGAUGGGAAUAAAUACGGCCUGUCAAUGCUGCUGGAGCUGCAACAUCUCGGUGAUAAGCUUCUAUCGAUCUCUCCUUGGAUAGCGGUUACGUUGUCAAUUAUCUCAAGACUCGAAGAGACGAAUGCCCUCUUUCAUGCGAGAGACGCCAUUCCGAAUCGUGAUUUUCAACGAAUGGCCGAGGAGAUGAAAUACUACCGGACACCGUUGGAGGGGCAUCUCAAGACGCUCGAAUUUCUGGAGAAGAAAGUCCAGGGAAUAUUGAACCAGCUGGCCGUUGCAUUCAGCCUCCAAAACCAAGUAACUUCCAUUGGAAUCAACGAUACCUUUGGCAUCAACGACAAAAUGCUCAAGCUCACCAGUGACACAGUCGACGACAGUGCCACAGUGAGGGUUGUUACCCUCGUCACGUUGAUUUACCUGCCGGCGAGUUUUGUAGCGACCUUCCUUGGAAUGAACCUCUUCUCGUUUGGAGAAUCAGGGUCCGGAUUCAGUAUUUCCAAGCAGUUCUGGAUCUACGUCGCGGUGGCCGUGCCGUUGACUGUUCUGACACUCUCCACGUGGUGGGUUAUUACCCAGAAACAGAAAAAGAAGAAAGCAGCGCGCCGGGACGCAAUGAGUCAGGAAUUCUGGAUUCCUGGUGCGAAGACCUAA